AUGCAGGAAAUGCCCUUAGCAAGGCUGGCUGUUGCCAAUGUCAAUUUGUGCUUCAGAUUGAAGGCAACAGCUGCUCAGGGCGAGGAAGUUCUCUUUUUCUUCUUUUUUUUUAACCACAUGACUUCUGUUUCAUUCCUUCAGGACCUCAAGAAAACUUUAUCAAAAUCCAAGAAGACUCUUCAGAUCUAG